CAACCGGGGCAGGCGGCUGUGGAGGGAAGCCAGGGGCGUCCGGCGGGGGGAAAUGGCGGCGGAGCGCCGGUCGGCCCUGGAGCGCAGGUCGGCCCUGAAGGCGGACUUCGAGGCACUCCUCGGCGCCUUCCAGGAGGCCGAAACCGUCCGCUUCGAGGACUUCGCCUCGCUGUGGCGGCAGCGCCGCUUCCACGCCCUCUUCUACGGGAAAAUAAGAGCUCUGGAGCAGAAGAAGUUAACCCAGGACGCCCUGGCUCUCGCCUGCCCAUACUUCCUGCCUCCCUGCAGCUUUCAGAUCCGAGUCGGUGCCCUUUAUCUUCUCUACGGGUUGUACAACGUGCAGCUUUGUCAGCCGAAACAAAAGAUCAGAGUGGCGCUCAAAGACUGGUCCGAAGUCAUGCAAUUCCAACAGGAACUGUUAAGCGCACAGCAUUACGACGCUGCUUAUAUUUUCUGGAAGCUGCGAACGGACAGAGCGUUUUACUUCACAGCGAUGCCCACGCUGCUGUCGUUUAAGACUGAACGGACGCCACGCGAUAAAGUGGAGACAAAGAAGGAAUUUAAGGACCCAAGUGACAGAGUCGCCACGCUCAUAACCGACGGUGUCUUAGAUGAAUUCGAAAACGUUCAUAAGCACUACUGGAAAAUGAAGUGCCAGAUUUCCGUGGACCAGUCUCAGCCCGACAAGGCGCUUAGUCUGAUAAAAGACGACUUUGUAGACAGUCUCAAGAAUAUUGUCCUGGAUCAUCAGCAUUGGCAGAAGGACAAGCUGGAGCUGCCUUCAACGAGCGGGAACAAAGAAGCAGCAAUUGAGAACGAAGGAUCUUCGCAGGAGUGGGAAGGAUUUGGAAGAGCCCAAGCCUUAGCCAGCAUCAAAGCCAAGUCUUACUCUUCAGUUGUUCAGGUUUCCAAGUCAAGACGGCAUCGUCAAGUAAAGCUGGAGUCUUCUGCGUCACGGUCCGAUCGUGGAAUAACUAAAAGAAACGUUACAAAAUUAGAGCCGCUGGGAAAGAGUCAACUCAAAGCAACACCGCAAGCAGAAGAGAAAUCUGGGGCCGUUCGGCCCCUCAGUAUGCCCGUGAUAGCAGAGGACGAGGCUGAAGAAAGCGAUGAUGAUGGAGAAACGGAUCAUUCUAGCGAUGAAGCAACACCGCAAGCAGAAGGGAAAUCUGGGGCCGUUCGGCCCCUCAGUAUGCCCGUGAUAGCAGAGGACGAGGCUGAAGAAAGUGAUGAUGAUGAAGAAACAGAUCAUUCUAGCGAUGAAGAUUUCAUCCCCGGUAAAAAGAAAAGGAUGCUUUGAAAAGAUCACCCAAUCAAAAACUGUUGUUGAUCGAACCGUGGAAGCCACUAGCGGAAGGGGCAGGGGGGUGGCCCAGUAUACGCUCAGAAGGCACAAAGCAAGAACCCUCCCUGUGGAAAGACAGCACAAAUGCAGCAGAGGGUUCUGCAUUUCAGAGGGGAUUUUGCACUUCUGUACCUUGGCAAGCUGUUAUGUAUGGAAAAGUCUACAGAUACCUCACCUUUGAAGUAGAUUUUUGAUAGAAAGCUUUUUUUCAAAAUCCUUUAACUUUGUCUGAUACAUAGAAUUGUAUGUUUGUCAUUGCACCUCAAUGAUUGAUGUCAUUAUGGUUGUACCAGUGAUUGCAUACAAGAUACUGAAUUAAAUUAUUAUUUAUAUUUUGCAA